AUGAGUAGAAAAAACUCUUAAGAAAGGGUUUUCUAAUCUGCUAAUUCAUGUCGAAAUUAAGGAAAAUAGUUAAAUAUUAUUGAUUUCAUAAUGAAAUAAAACUUUUAAGAGAAAGGUCCUUCAACAAUAGCAUUUUCUGAAGAAAUAAAUAAAUAAAAGUCUUGUGAUAUGUGUAUAUAAUUGUAGGAAGAAUUGAUAAAAUUUGUGAAUACUGAAAGAUUUUAAUAGGUUAUAGAAAAAUUGUGGUAGAAAAUGAAAAAAAUAGAAGAUGAUAAUCAAAAAUUAUUAUUAAAAAUAUAGAAUCUAGAAAAAGCUCUAUUAGAUCAAUAAGGUUUUUUGGAUGAAUUGAAUAAUCAAUAAUAUAAAUAAUAGGAUUAAUCUUAAAUAAUUCAAUAAGUUAGUUUGGAUAAAGGAUAACUUGAAAAAUUAGAAAAAAAGAUUUCAAAAGACAAUUUAGCAGGUAUAAAGAGUAUUGAAGAUAAUUUAUUUAAAAGUUUAAACAAGGAGAUUUAAUAAAAAUUUAUGGUUAUGUAAGAAAAACUUGAAGAUAUUAAUCAAUAAUUUGGAGGAAUAAAUGAAUAGAUUGAAUUAUUUAAUCAUAAAAAUGGUGUUACUAGAGAAGAAUGUGAAGAAAGAAUUAAUUAAAUUGCUAUAAUAGUUAAUGAAAAUAAUUAAUUAUUAAGAUCUAAUAAUAAUGGAGUAGCUGAAAUGUAAUAACAUGUAAUUAUUAUAUAUUUUUACAAAGUAUAGUGAAUUAGAUGUAGAUAUGAUGAGAUUAUUUUAACAUAUUAAAGCAUUAUUAUAAAAUGAUUACAAAAUAACAGAAAUGGAGUAGAACAUAACUAAUUUGAAUUCUUAAUUGAUUUAAUUGAGAAAUGCUGUUAAUGAAAUUGGUGAUUUUGUUUCAAAAAUAUGAA